AUGAUGCUGCUUAGCAGCACAGACGCUGUUGAUGGGUGUGGCACAUUGCAGGACACUGGCCACGCAGACGUCCUCCUUGGAAUUGCAGUGGAAUUCCGCGGGGAGGGAUAUGAUUGGCGUCGUUGGCGCCAGCAGACAUCUCACCGAAUCACAACCGAGUUCAGCGUCGAAUCGAGUCUAGACACCACCGAACAUCCCUGCUCAUCUUCAGAGUUCUGA